ACCUAUAACUAGUAAUGCAACCUGCCAACACAUUAACCUUCCAGGGAUCCAAGAGAUAUUAAUCUCAUCAGUCUCAGACCUCCCCUUGCUGGUGUUGAUGUUCCGGGUUGCAGAGGGUGACUUGCAUUCUAUAUGUAGUGCAAAGGAAACAUCAGGUUUUAAGGCAAGAUCACACAGCACAGCUGAUCUGUAGUGCCAGCUUUGUUGUCUGAGCACUACACCAGCCACAGUAUUUAUUUUCUUGCCUUGGAUAUAAUACAAGACAGCAGCACUUUUUUUUACCAGUGACAGCUACUGAGCAUCAGUCAUGGCUCUCCAAGGCUCUCUAGGAGAGAUGCCCAGGCAGUUUCCACGUUUAAGUAUUUCUGAGAAUGACGAGCAGGUGCGGCUGCGGGCAGAGAUGGUAUUUGCCAAAGUUCUCCAAGAAGAAGACAGCAAAGAUGCAUUUGCCCUGUUCACAGUUCCCGAGGAUUGUCCUAUUGGACAGAAGGAGGCAAAAGAAAGGGAACUGGAGAAAGACAUUGCAGAACAGAGAUCUGCUGAGACCGUUAAAAGGAAGAAGAGCUUCAAGAUGAUUCGAUCGCAGUCCCUAUCACUACAAAUUCCCAAUAUUGACUGGAAGGCUCCAACAAUCACUCCAAUUGCAUCUCCUAUUUCUCCAGUUCAGCCAACAUUUCCACACCUGCGGGGGCCAGGACAGGUUGUACAAGAACCAUAUGAAGUCCCAGAAUUCCAGAGAGUAACGAUUAGUGGAGACUACUGUGCUGGGGUAACAGUAGAUGAUUAUGAACAAGCAGCAACUGGACUUGCAAAAGCCCUGCAGAUACGAGAGAAAUAUUGCCGACUGGCUUAUCAUAGGUUCCCUAGAACAACUGCCCGGUACCUUUGCACUAUGCAGGAAGAAAACUGGAAAAUGGAGGAUGAAGUAUAUCCAGUGUUUAACCCCCCACCAGAUAAAGAAGACCCUUUUAAUCUUGAAAAUCUGCCAUCAAAUCUUUACUAUAUAGUUAAAAUGCAGGGUGGAGUACCCUAUAUAUAUGAUAACAAAGAGUUGAUGGAAGGCAAUGAACCCCGGAAAUUGCCAUACCCAGACCUAGAGACGUAUACGCUAGACCUUAGCCAUAUCCUGGCUCUCACUGCUGAUGGCCCAACAAAAACAUAUUGUCAUCGUAGGCUCAAUUUCUUGGGAUCUAAAUUUAAUCUACAUGAAAUGUUAAAUGAAAUGUCGGAAUUAAAGGAACUUAAAAGUGUACCUCACAGAGAUUUCUAUAAUGUGAGAAAGGUGGAUACUCAUAUUCACGCUGCAGCCUGCAUGAACCAGAAGCAUUUGCUGAGGUUUAUUAAGCAUACCUACCGUACAGAAUCGGACAGGGUUGUGGCUGAGAAGAAUGGGCUAAAGAUAACACUGAAGGAGCUGUUUGAAAGUCUUUACAUGCAUCCUUAUGAUUUAACCGUGGACUCCUUGGAUGUUCAUGCUGGAAGACAAACAUUUCAUCGCUUUGAUAAAUUCAAUGCAAAAUACAAUCCUGUUGGAGCCAGUGAACUCAGAGAUCUUUAUUUGAAGACAGAAAACUACCUUGGAGGAGAAUAUUUUGCUCGUAUUAUUAAGGAAGUGGCAAGAGAACUUGAAGACAGUAAAUACCAGUUUACAGAGCCACGUUUAUCCAUAUACGGACGGUCACCGGAUGAAUGGGACAGUCUUGCAAACUGGUUCAUAAAACAUAAGGUCUAUUCACGGAACAUGCGCUGGAUGAUCCAAGUCCCAAGGAUCUAUGACAUAUUUAGAUCAAAGAAAAUUCUUCCAGACUUUGCCAAAAUGUUGGAAAAUAUCUUCUUACCAUUGUUUGAAGCAACAAUUAACCCUUCUGAUCACAAAGAGCUCUAUCUUUUCCUGAACUAUGUGACUGGCUUUGACAGUGUUGAUGAUGAAUCAAAACACAAUGAUCACAUGUUCUCUAACAAGAGCCCUCGACCUGAUGAGUGGACACAUGAACAGAAUCCCCCAUACAGCUAUUAUUUGUACUACAUGUAUGCCAACAUCAUGAUCCUCAACAACCUACGGAAGGAGCGGGGAAUGAGUACUUUCUUGUUCCGACCUCACUGUGGAGAAGCGGGAUCCGUCACUCAUCUUGUUUCUGCCUUUAUGACCGCAGACAACAUUUCUCAUGGAUUAAACCUGAAAAAGAGCCCUGUUCUCCAGUACUUGUAUUACCUUGCACAAAUACCAAUCGCUAUGUCCCCACUUAGCAACAACAGUUUGUUCCUAGAAUAUUCUAAAAAUCCCUUGCGAGAGUUUCUGCAUAAAGGACUUAUUGUUUCUCUAUCAACUGAUGAUCCCAUGCAAUUUCACUACACCAAGGAAGCGCUCAUGGAGGAGUACGCCAUAGCUGCUCAAGUAUGGAAGCUUAGCACAUGCGACCUUUGUGAGAUUGCAAGAAACAGUGUUUUACAGAGUGGACUGUCAGACAAGGAAAAGAAGCAUUUUUUGGGUGUUAACUACAUGAAGGAAGGACCAGAUGGCAAUGACAUUAGCAGGACAAAUGUGGCACAGAUUCGGAUGGCCUUUCGACAUGAAACUUUAUGCAAUGAGAUGAGUUUCCUGCAAGAAGCCAUGCACUCAGAGCAGAUUGCUUCAGGUCAAACACAAUAAAAAUACUCACAGACCACAAAAGAAGGUCUCUAAUCUACAGUUCCUGUGCCUAACAAGUUUGUCAUUAAAAUGACAAUCAAAAAUGUUUCUUUUUUUUUUUACAUGACAGUAUAUUUCAUUGGUUAUCUUCUGGUACGGAAACAAAUCUGUUUAUUCUGUGUAAAAAAAAUAUACAAUAUUUAUUUUUUAGUUUUAUGUAAUUUAAAGUUGUUUCCCUUGUAUACUCAUCACUGUGCAACAAAUAUUUUUUGACUUAUU